CCUCCGGAUGUAGCGCCUCUCAAGUCUCGUUGGCUGGAAAACCUUUGUGUGAUGUCUGCUCCACUAAUACCUGUUUUUGUUGAGCCUACCUACUUAUAAUAUGUGUGACCCAAGGUGCAGGGGUUCAAAAAGGAUUGAUUCUCAAACUGGUCCAGAUUUUUCCAAUACCCAGGUCAUUGGCCUGGCCUGAAAGGCCAACCAAUUGCACAUGAUAUCACAUGCACAUGGUUACAACCAGACCAGAAGUCAUCAAUAGAAUCUGACUGAGCCUGACUGGGCCUCCGGAGACUGGCCAUGGCGUCCACCGGAUGGGCCGGAGACGGCGACAUGCUGACCGUCGAGCGGAAAGACAUACCGUCUGCCAGCUGCAUGGCGGUCAGCCGGGACGGGCAGCACGCGCUGCUGGCCAGCCGGCGGCUGCUGGUGCUGGUCGACCUGCAGCGGCCCGACCACCACCUGCGCGCGCUCAGCUGGCACAGCAAGUACGACGCCGGGAGUGCCGCGUGGAGCCGAGCUGCGGCGCAGGGCGGCGCCGACCUGGCCGUCACGUACAACACGGCGGUGGAGGUGUUCCGCUGCUCGGGCGGCGACAUCCGCUCCACGGGCAAGCUGCAGUCGCACCGACGCACCAUCACCGACCUGGACUGGCACUGGAGCGAGCCUCUGCUGGCCACCUGCAGCGUGGAUACUAACGUCCACCUGUGGGACGUGCGGGAGCCGCGCCGGCCCGUCGCCACCAUGCGCUCCGUCGAGAGCGCCUGCCAGGUGAAGUGGAACCGGAUCUCGAGUCAGACGCUGGCCAGCUCGCACGAGGGCGAUAUUCGCGUCUGGGACCGUCGCAAGCUCAGCAUCCCAGAGCGCUACAUAUCGGCACACACGGCCAAAAUACACGGCCUCGACUGGUCGCCAAACUCGGAGUCUCAACUGGCCACGGCCAGUCAGGAUAUGUACGUCAAGUUCAUCGACGUCACAAACCCUCGCAACAUCGCCAGCAUGCCCAAGGCCAAGGACCCCGUCUGGCGCGCCCGCUACACGCCGUUCGGCAGCGGCCUGGUAACGGUGGCGGUGCCGCAGCUGCGGCGCGGAGACAACUACUGCCUCUGUCUGUGGAACACGGCCAGCCUGGCCGCCCCGCAGCACACGUUCGCAGGUCACUCGGACGUGGUGCUCGAGUUCGACUGGCGCCAGCCCGACCCAUCACAGAUCAGAGACGACUGCGAGUACGAGCUGCUGACGUGGUCGCGCGAUCAGACGCUGCGUCUGUGGCCGCUGAAGGCCGACCUGCUGCAGGCGUGUGGCCACGAGCUGGCGCACGGCGUCAGUGGACUGGACACGGACCACGCCGCCUCGCCGACCACCGACGGUAUGGAGACCAGCUGCAUCGAGCUGACCUCCCAGGAGCAGUCGGCGGCGGACAGCGGCCCCGGCAGCGGGCCCGUGUCGCCGCCCGUCUCCCCUCAGCGGCCGGCGCCGCCGCGCAUCUGGCGAGCCAUCAGCGAGGGGCCGCCCGCCUCACUCGAGCAAGAGUUCCUCAUGAUCAACAAGAACAUCGACAACGUGCGCAUCGAAAAGAUGAGCGCCGAGGAGCGGUGCUGCACGGUCUCCGUAGUCUGUGGCUCCGUCUCCGCCUGCCUCCGAGUCACCUUCCCUCUAAGCUACCCCAGCCAACAGCCCGAGUUUCGGUACCUGGAGGGCACCCGGCUCAGCGCCGCCGACCGACAGCACGUCAAAAAGGCCUGGGAGCUCACCGCCGAGCAGCACGUGAAGCGGAACCGCAGCUGCCUAGAGCCGUGCCUGCGUAACCUGGCGGCCAGCCUCCAGCGGCUGAUGGAGCGCCAGGAGGAGACGGCGCCAUCGCUCUACCCGGCGCCGAGUACCACUCUCUUCCCGUCGGCCAACCUCUACGGCAGCUUCAAAGACGUCAACGUGGCAUUUCCGCGCACCUCGGGAGCCAGAUUCUGCGGCAAUGGUAUGCUGGUGGUGUUUGCGUGCCCGGCCUACAUGAAGCGGCUGUCGUCGCGCGGCGAGGGCGUCACGCCGCGCUCGCUGUCGGCGCUGGACGCCUACCUCAUCAACUACGCGCAGGGCGCCUCGUACGCGCUGGCCGGCGCCCGGCUGGCCGCCUCGCCGAUGCUGUUUCCGUCCCUGUCGCGCAGCCCGACCGGCGCCGACGGGCCGCUCUACGGCAAGGAGGCGGUGCGUCUGGGCACAUCGUCUCUGGGCCGCCGUCCCAAGGCGUACGGAGAGGAGAGGGCCCGGCCGCGGCACCCGCGCACACACACCAACAUAGUACUCUGCUACGACGCCAGUCGUCUGAUGCCGCUCAACAGGGAGCUGGCUGAGCGAUACCUUCUGGGCGGACAGGACUUCAGUGGCAUGUGCAGCGCCAACGCCAGCCUGGCGGCUUCCGUCGGCAGAAAGGACCUGGAAAAGGUGUGGAACCUGAUCGGCCUGGUGGGCGACCCGGGCCUGGUGGGCUCCAACGCCGACCCGGACGCCGGCCGGCCCUGGGCGCAGCACCCGUUCGGACGCCGCCUCGUCGAGUCCGUUAUCUCUCACUACCUGAAGAUGCGCGACGUUCAGACGGUGGCCAUGCUGUGCUGUCUGCUGGGGACGCGCGCCCAGCAGCCCAGCUCCUCCGUCCGACAGCAGGCCGUCGCCCAGCUCGACUCGGGCAGCCCGGGCGAGUCGCCGUACCACACGGUCCACCCAACCGAGACCCGCCGCCACCCGACGCUCGAGGGGCUCGGCGUUAACGUGUCCCGACAGAACCGCAGCAACUCUUGGUCGGAUGUGCUGGACGAGAGCCGACUGGCGGCGCCCGAGCCCGGCGCCAUCGAACAGCGCUUCCAGCAUGACAAUAACCGGCGGCUCCUGGACCCCGCUCGUCAGGCCGAGUUUGAUCGAUACAAACGGAUUUACGCCGACAUUCUGUACCGCUGGCAGCUGACCAACCAUCGGGCACAGGUGCUCAAGUACGUGAGCACGGUGCCGGUGGCGCACUGCGGCCUGGAGGUACGCUCCGAGUGCAGCCGCUGCGGGCGCACGUUCGCCGGCUCCGAGUGUCCGCUGUGCCGCCGGUGCACCAUCGUCUGCGUCAUCUGUCACGUCUCCGUCAAAGGUAUGUCGUCCUUUUGUCUGGUGUGCGGCCACGGUGGUCACCUGCUACACAUGCUGCAGUGGUUCCGCGACCAGCUGCUCUGUCCGACCGGCUGCGGCUGCCGCUGUGCAGAGAGCCUCCAGCAGUGAUCUGUACAGCUGCUCGGAGAGCCUACAACAGUGACAGGUAAAGAGCAGCUGCUCCGAGAGCCCUCAGCAGUGGCUGGUUUAACUGCUAAGAGAGCAUCGAGCAGUGACCAGUGGAAACUUCACCAACUGCUCUGUCCAACUAGCUGCGGCUGCCGGCUGUUCAGAGAGCCUCCAGCAGUGAUACAGUGAGCAAAGAGCGUGAACAGUUACCCCGUUUGGAUGCCACUCCAGCGUCCCACGAGCUUCAGGUGUAUAAUUUGUGAGUUUUGGCGUAUUACUCUAUAUGUGUAUUGUGUAUAUUGGCGGGCUGUUUAUAGUCGGCCCUCCGUACAAGGCUGUGCUGUGCGAGAUGACAAAAGGGAGACGUCGCAAAAUGUUAAACGCAACGUAUGCGUACUGAGCGUAUAUUUAUGGGGCAGACAUGUGUCUGUGACGUGAUUUAGCGUGAAGGAAAGGAAAGCUGUCACGACUACAGGCAGUUAUUGGGAUGAUGCAAGAAGUAUUCUUUUGAGCGCUGUUUACCAGGGCAGUGAUUAUCCUCGAUGGAAAUAUAAAUAUUGCGAAGUU